AGUUUUUAAACGCCAACAAAUAUCACAACUUUUCAUAAAUAUAGUUCAGAAUUAAGAUUUAUGAGUUAAUUCUUAAUGCCAUUAGUGUUAGAGUAUAAAUAAUGAAUAUCUAUAUAAAUGCACUAAUUCAUGAUGGAACAAUAUAAUUUUUGUACCAGAUUGGUUCAAGUAAACAGUCACCAUUCAGCGUUUAAGCAUAAUCAGCCAUGCAAUUUGAUUGAUCAUGUUGAACUCAAACGACACAUAACAUGAUCAACAAUGUAUUACAUUCAGUUAUGGUUUGUUUCGUCGUAUGAUUGGUUUUUAACAACAUGUCUUCGACGAAUAAACAUGAUUCUGAUAAAGAUGAUGAAAUUGAGCAAUGUAGAGUUGUCCCGGAUGAAAAGUACAAAAAAUGGAAUAGUAACAUUGGUAGUGGUAAUAAAUUUGCUAGACGAGCUCGUUCAUUUAAAGAAGAUUUAUUGGAUAUUAUAUCAUCAGCAAUGCGAUCGCCUAGUCAUAGCGCCAUCAGCUCUAGAAGUGGUUCGCCGAAAAAUGGUUUGCCAAAGCAAAGACAUGCUUCAUCUGGAAGUAGUCCUAAGCGGUCCCUUAAUGACAUCGACUUUAAUGUUAGACAAGUUCAGAUAGCCUUAAGACAUUUCCUUGAUGUAGUAACAAAAAAUAAAUUAGAAAUGUUACCUGGAAAUGGUACAGUAGUUUUAGAAACUGUAACAACAAUUUGUGGGGUGUUUAAAUCAUAUGAUAUUAAUGAGCAAAGUUCAUUGGUUGUAUCUGCUUUAAAUCAAGUGUACCAAAGUGUAGCACAACUGAUUAAGCUAUGUGAUGAUGUUCUCAUAUUUGGAGAAAAAGCAAUCAAUACAGAUAAUGUAUCAGAUAUACUGCGUUUAGUUGAGCUGGCUAUUCAGAACUUGGUAUCAUUAACUAAUGAUAAACUUAACCAUGGUGUACUUAAAACUGUGUACAAAGAUGAGGAUUCAUUGAAACUUCCUGAUGAAUUGAAGCAAAGAGUUUCUUUACCAGAUAUACCAUUAACACCAAGGGAAAGAGAAAUAUUGGAACAAACAAGUAAUCAUUCCUUUGAUACAGUUGACUGUAAUCCUCCUUCAAAGCCACCUUUACCUGAUCGAACAUGGUUAAAAAAGACUGACCAAAAUAAUUCUCCUCCUCCUUUACCACCAAAACGUCGUACUGGACAUAAUAACACCAAGCAUGCUCUGUGCAACUUAUCUUUAGAGCCAUUAAGCCUUUCUGAUAGGUCUUCAUCAAUUGGUUCACUAGAUUCAAUUUUAAAUGAUGAUGAAGUUAACAUUGCUAUGUCCAAUGAUGAUAGUUCUUUUUUAACUAAUGAUACCAAUCAUGUAUGUGGCUAUUGUAACUGUUCUUCCAGUUCUGCUUCAGUAGAUCAAGGCAAUGAAAAACGAAUAUCUCCGUUUUCUGAAUAUCCACCUCAGCAUACAAUGGUAGAAAAGAAAACUGCAUUUAUUCAUCAGGCAUCUAAUCAAGUUUGGACACAUUCUAAAUCCACAACAAUACAUCAAAUCACUAAUAGAACUGUAGUAUCAAACGAAAUUAAUUGUUUAACAACAAAUGAUGAAAUUCCACCACCAGUGCCAGAAAAAAAACGAAUAGUCAGACAAAGGCUAAGGUCUACUUAUGACAAUUUAUCUAUGGAUGAAAUGGCCACACAAUAUAACUUCCAUAGAAAUAACAGUCAUUGUAGUAUCCAAGCUUUAACACAUACUGCAUCACUUGAUAACCCUGCAGUGGAUCCUUCAAAUCCACCACCUUUACCGUUAAAAAAGAAACAUAUGUUUCAUUCGGUGGCAUAUUCUGUAAUGGCAUACAUGGAAAUGUUUGGCAAUUGUACGCAUGGAAAUACUACGGAAUUUCUACGUCAUUCUGUUCAUACAUACACAAUGCUUCAUCAAAGUAAUUGGCAUUCACCUCAAAAGUAUCAGAGUGAAAUCCAAAGUUAUAGCGUUGAAAAUUCUUGUCAACAAUAUUAUUUUACCAAUGACUCUGAUCCACCUGCAUUACCGCCUAAACGAGGUAAAAUAAUGACAUCUCCUUAUAGAGAACUGACACCACCUAAUACUCCAAAUAAAGUAUACAUAACAGAAGUUAUAUCAACUCCAAUUCAAUCUCAAUGUUUAGAAAUUCAGGAUGUUACACCAAGUACUACUGAACAACCUUUACAAACUGAUAUUAGUGAAGUUAACAUUAUGGAAGAACUAAAUGUAUCUCAAUGGCUAUUAUUUAAAAAACCAGAAGAAGACGGACCACUUGUUCGUGGUGGGCAUGCAGAUGCACUUGUAGUUCAUGCAACAAAUGCAGUUAAAAAUGAUUUUAUGUAUCAAGAAGCGUUUUUAACAACAUAUAGAACAUUUAUAUCACCUUUAGAAUUAAUACAAAAACUUUGCAUGCGACAUCAAAGGUUCCAAAACUCUGGUGAUUUAAAUAGGCAAAGAGCUGGCCGAGAGUCAUUUUCUCUGUUAGUUAGAGUAGUUAGUGAUUUAACUUUAACAGACUUAGAUAAUGAAGUGCUGCAAAUUCUCAUGGAAUUUGUAUAUCAACUAUUAUGUGCUGGGGAUUUAACUAUGGCAAAAGCACUUAGAGUAAAACUUUUGGAAAGGUAUCAGGCAAAAUUGGUGCAUAAUACUUCAAUUAAUGCUCUAUUACCAUCUCAAAAUAUAUAUACUCGUCAAGCCACUUUAUUAGACUAUAAAACAGAACUUAUUGCUGAACAAAUGACAAUGUUGGAUUCAGAACUAUUUAUGAAAAUUGAGAUACCUGAAGUUUUAAUUUGGGUUAAGGAACAAAAUGAAGAGCGUAGUCCAAAUCUCACAGAAUUUACAGAACAUUUUAACAAAAUGUCAUACUGGGCGAGAUCGCGUAUACUAGAACAAAAUGAAGCUAAAGAACGUGAACGUUAUGUUUUAAAGUUUAUCAAAAUUAUGAAAAGCUUGAGAAAGAUGAAUAAUUUUAAUUCAUAUUUAGCUCUUUUGUCUGCUUUAGAUAGUGCACCAAUUAGACGUCUAGAAUGGCAAAAAUAUAUUACUGAAGGAUUAAAAGAAUACUGUGCACUGAUUGAUAGUUCAUCAAGUUUUAGAGCUUAUAGACAAGCUUUAGCAGACACAAAUCCUCCUUGCAUCCCUUACAUAGGUCUAGUAUUACAAGAUUUAACAUUUGUACACAUUGGCAACAAUGAUUAUAUAUCAGAUAAUAUAAUUAAUUUUUCCAAAAGAUGGCAACAGUUUAAUAUUGUGGAAAAUAUGAAGAGAUUUAAAAAAGGAUGCUAUAAUUUCAAGAAACAUGAUCAUAUCAUUGCAUUCUUUAACAAUUUUGAUGAGUUUUUAUGUGAAGAAGCCAUGUGGCAAAUUAGUGAAAGCAUUAAACCUAGAGGAAGUAAAAAAACUACAUAGAAGUAUAUUUAAAAAUAUGAUUUUUAAUGUAUGUAGCAAUUUAUAUUCAAAGCAGUUUGUGAAAAAACUGUUGUUUUGCAAUGAUUUUUUGUGUUUUUCCAAAUGAAAACAUAAUCUUCUAGGGCAUAUAUAUCAGUGUUUCUCAACCGGUGUGUCGCCGAGUAAGUCCAAACGUAUCGUGGGAAGUACUAAUAUUAAAUGACACAAAAUGUACACUAAAUUUACAAAAAUUAAUAGGUAUUAUUCUUAUUUUUUUAUUUUUUUUUUGUGUGUCACAAAGUAUGAAAAAUGUUAACAAUGUGUCAUCAUAAUACAAAGGUUGAGAAACACUAAUAUAAAUUAUUAAAUUCUCUAAUAAUUGAACGGUUAUAUAGAUAAAGGUGUCAAAUAAAAUGUUUUGAAAAAAAAUAUUAUGUUGUGUCAUGUUUGUUACAACGUACGAUUAAAUUAAAGGUUUAAAAAGUUUAAAAAUGUCACUUGACACCUUCAUUCAUUCAACCAUUCAAUUGGAAAGUAAUACAUAACGUACCUUAAAAAUUUAAUAUUUUUCUAAGUGUUUAGUAAUUGAUGAAUAAUUUGUCAUAAAAUAAUAUAUUUUAGUGCUCCAACUUAUUCAUACUAAAUUCACUAUGUACAACAAUUAACAAAAAUUUCAAUACCUACUAACUUUUCACAAUUUUAACUUCCACUAAGAAUUCAUAAUUUACUUUUGUUGACUUUUUCAAUUAAAUUUGAUACAUAAAUGUUAAUACUUUAAAUUUUAAUGCAAGGUUAACACAGUUUUAAAAAAAUAAAUUAAUGAGCACUUCCAAUUUUAAAAAUAAUGUUAACACUAAUUUAUCAAUGCACCACUUUGAAUUAUUAUGUUAUCAUAGCUCAUGAUUAAUCAUUGCUUUCAUAUUUGGAAAAAAUAACAACCCACAAUUUGCGUUAUAGUAAGUGAAAUGAAACAAGCUCUCGUACAUCCAAUCUGCUUUUAAAAUUACUAUAUUUUUGGUAAAUUUGGAAUAUCUCAUUUGGGUAUCAAAUAUAUACUUGUAUUAUUAUUAAAAUUAGAUCAAAUUUUAAAGCUAACAAUUAACAAGGUCUUAAAUAAGAUAGAUUUUAGUAAAUAUCUAGUCAUUUUUCUAAAAAAAACUUUAUUUUAUUAAGCAAUGUUUUCUAGUUGAAAUUUUAUACAUCAUUUUUUUAACUAUUAAUAUUAUUAUUAAAUAUUCUUAUUUUUUAUUUUUUUGUAGUAAAGUUUAUUUUUUUUUAUUUCAUUCAGAAAUAUUGAAUACAUUGAAUGUGUAUUAUUAAAUUCACUAAAUCUAUUUUCAACAUUAUACUAUCAUUCGAAAAUACAAUUGACAUCAAUUUACUAAGUUUUAAGUUACUAUUUCUGAUAUUAGUUAUUUAUUUUUGAAUUUUUUAUUAUAAUUUAAUAUGAGAAUCUUCAACCUUUUUAGGAAGAGACCCUUAAUUUAGACUAUAUGUAAGAUGUAACACACUGAUUAAACCAACCACUAUUAUAUACAUUUUAAACAGUAUUUUCUAUUUUUCUUUAUAUCAUACAUCAUACAUCAUACUUGUCAUUACUUGUUCCUAGAGACCUCAUAACGUAUAAAAUAAUAAUCAUGUGUAACAAAUGUUAUGUAUGUACAUGCUUUAUGUUGCAGCACAAAAUACAUUUGUAAAAUCAUAAAUUAAUUACAUGCUAAAACAAAUUGUCAAUAUUUUAUUUAUGGUGCCACACAAGUGUAUUUUGUUUUUAAACAUAAUAAAUGUAGAAUGUUAUUCACAAUAUAUGUAAUACAUUACAGAAAAUAAAAAAAAAUGUAACAAAUCAAAAGCACUCUGGGCGAAUAAUUUUAUUAUUUUUUUAAUUCCUAUUUAUUAAAACUUAAUAAAUUUAAUAUCUUUGUAAUGUAAAAUCAAUGGUAUUUAUGAUUGAUAUAAAAAUUACAGAAUCAAUGAAAAAUGUUAUAUAAGUUACACCAAAAUUAUAUAGUAUCUUGAGUUAAAUCAAAGUAUAUAAUAUAUAUAGUAUAAAUUAUGUAUUGUAUUGUUUUACAUUUACGUUUAUAAAAUACUAGUUAAAUCUAAAACUAAAAAAUGUCAAUUGUUGAGGAUAAACGAUUUAUUAACAAUAAAUAAUAUUUACCUCUGAGGUAACCUCAAUAUUUACUUGAUGAAAAUUUGAUAGCAUUGAACAAUUUUAGUUCCUAUUUAUUUUAUUUUUUAUUUUUUUAAUAAAAUGACUAUUUAUUAUAUAUAUAUAUAUAUAUUAUAUUUGUUUAAGAAUCUGGUUAAUACUACAAUUUUUUGUAUAACGAUUGUAAGCCAAAAAAAGAAAAAUAUUAUAUAGACAUAAUAAAUCUAGAAAAAAAAGAUGGAAUAAUUGUCUUAACUACCUAUUAUUUAACUAUACAAUUAUUGUGUAAUAAAUAACCCAGAUUGAGUAAAAUCUUUUGAAAACAAUUUGUCCAUAUGUCAUAGUAUAAAAUGUAUUAUAUUAAAAAUUUCUAGUAAAAAGUUUAAUGGUCAGAAUACAUAAAGCAUUUUAAAUUAUACUUGUAAAACUGCAUAGCCUAAAUUAAAAAAUGUAUGUAUUAGAAAUAAAAUAUUGAAAUACUUUAUAUUUACCAUUAAAUGCUUUACCAUAAACAUUUAUAUUAUUUAUUUAUGGUGAUAUUAUUGUAUAUUUACAUAUUCCUUUAUCGCAUUUGGGUUAUAAUAUAACUGUAUAAGAAAAUGUGUACUUUUCUAAAAGUGAUUUAACUUUUUAUUUAUUUUAUUAUUUUUGCUAAAUUGCUUUUAGUAUUAAUUUCAGCAUUAUUAAACAAUGAACAUUUGUUAAAAUAAUAUAAAUUUAGAAACAUUGCUAUGCGUCAUCUUAUGGUCCUAAUCAAUUAUUCAAAAUGGCAUAUCUUAUAUUUUAAUGUAUUGUCACACAUUUGUAUUGUUUGUUAUUGAUCAUAUCAUUAAAAUAAGACAAAUUAAUACAUUUUACUUAAUCAUAAAUUAAUUUCUCAUCCAUGACAUCUCUUCAUUAAUUUAUAAAAAUUAAAUAUGUAUUAAUGAUGUGAUCUAUAUUGCUACUAGACAAAUGUUAAUUUUAAACAUUUUUUUUUUAUGUAUCCCAAAUGUAGAAUUAUUGAAUUUAACUUGUUUCAUUAUUGUAAAAAAUUAUGUACAAUAAACAUUUUAAAUAGAAAUACACCAUUAGUUAUUGCAUAUAUUACAUUAUGUAUUAAAUUUAUGAUUAUAUUUAAUAGCAAAAGAUGUAUUUAAUUUUAUUGAUUUGACCGGCCUUUACAUAAUUUAUGUAGCAGUAUUAAGGUGACCUAACAUUUGAAAUGCGAUUUUUUAUGAUGUAGCUAAAUAUACAAAAAUAUAUCAAUAACAUGUAUAUUUAUUCUUUGUUAAAAUAAAUUGUAUAGUAUUAUGUUUGUAACUUGUUUUAAAAAAAAAAGAAGUGUUAUAGGUAUGCAGUAUUUAUUUGUACUAGAAUAUUUAGUUGAAGCCAUUUGUUUAUACAAGCUCAAAAAGAGAACUCUUUAACAUUUUUUUUUGUUUUUUGACGUAAUAACAUAAUAAAUAAUAUUCUUGAUU